GAAAGCUGCGCUGCAGUUUCUCUCUGAUCUUGUUGUCUAAGCUUCUCCAUCUCCAUGGGUCGUGGUAAGUCCAAACGCGCUGCAUCCCAGAAACGCUCCGCCUCUUCUUCCCCUCCAUCGUCGCCGGAUACCGUUAGCUCCGAAGAAGAUAUGGAGUUAGAACGAAUUGAUAAACUGUUCUAUACAUAUGCUAAUGAUUCAUCUGGGUUGAUUGAGCCUGAAGGAAUUGAAAAUCUCUGCUCACAUCUGGGAGUUGCCCAUACUGACAUCAAAAUGCUAAUGCUUGCAUGGAAAAUGCAAGCUGGAAGACAAGGCUAUUUUACUCUGGAGGAAUGGCGAAAUGGGGCUAAAGAGCUAAAGGCUGAUACAGUAGAGAAUAUAAAGAAGGCAUUUGGACAGCUUGAGGAAGAGCUGGAAAGUCCAUCAAACUUUGUAGACUUCUAUGCCUAUGCAUUUCAGUAUUGCUUAACAGAGGAUAAUCAGAAGUGCGUCGAGACUGAAAUCGUUUGUGUACUUCUGGAUCUCGUGUUAGGCCCCCGAUUUCAACCACAAGUUGCAGCACUUAUUGAGUAUAUACAGGUUCAAAAAGAUUACAAGGUUAUAACCAUGGAUCAGUGGCUAGGAUUUCACAGGUUUCUCAGUGAGAUUAGCUUCCCAGAUUUCAGCAAUUAUGAUGAAGAGCUUGCUUGGCCGUUGAUCUUGGACGAUUUUGUUGACUGGAUGAGAGAAAAGCAUUAA